UUAGUUUCUUAUACGCACGUUUGUUCUAGAUCAUAUAACUAAGAAAAUGUCAAAGAGACUUUGUAUCGGAGAAGGAUUGAAGAAAGGAGCAUGGACUAUAGAAGAGGAUAAGAAACUCAUCUCUUAUAUCCACGACCACGGUGAAGGAGGCUGGCGUGACAUUCCAGAAAAAGCUGGUACGUGGUCUGUCAUAGCAAGACAUUUGCCAAAAAGAACGGAUAACGAGGUCAAGAACUAUUGGAACACACAUCUCAAGAAACGUUUGAUCGAUAAUGGCAUUGAUCCCGUGACACACAAGCCACUAGAUUCUUCUAACCCUGGUCCGGCCGUGCCCAAAAAGUUUGAUUGCCAAGAUAAAUCCAAUCCGGAUGAGCACUCGGUACAAUGGAGUUCUACCACUCCAGCAUCUCUUCCCCUUUCUUCGACUAUUAACAGUGUUAAACACAAAAUUAGCAGUGGUGAGACGCUGAUAGAAAGUGGUUUCUUGAGGUGCAAGAAACGUUUUGAACGAUCGAGUUCUACAUCAAGGCUGUUAAACAAAGUUGCAGCUAGAGCUUCUUCCAUCGGAAACAUCUUAUCAACCUCCAUAGAAGGAACCUUGAGUUCUUCUGCGUCGUCUUCAUGUCUCCCAGACUCAUUCUCUCAAUCAUCUGAACACAUGAUCGAUAACAAGGAAGAUCUCAGUACGAGCAUUGAUAUCAACAUCCCCGAGUAUGAUUUUCCACAGUUUCUUGAGCAAUUCAUUAACGAUGACGACGAAGCCGAGAACACUGGUGGGUCCAACCAAGAUCUCCUUAUGUCCGAUGUCCCAUCAACAUUCGUUGAUGAAGACGAUAUAAUUGGAGACAUAACCAGUUGGUCAACUUAUCUACUUGACCAUCCCAAUUUUAUGUAUGAAUCGGAUCAAGAUUCCGAGGAGAAGAACUUCUUAUGAUUUUAUGUAUGAAUCGGAUCAAGAUUAUGAUUAGGGUUUUCUCUUAAGUAAAUAUCAAGUUGUUAA